UCUAAUAAAUCCAAAAACACGAAAAAAAUAAGAAUAAUUAAAAAUAAAUUUAAAAAAUCAAAACAUCACAAACAGCUUCUCUCUGUGUGAGAUGCCGUAAAAACAAGUGAAUUAAUAUAAAAUGCAACUAGUAGCACAACUUUUAACAGUCUAGUCUAAUAUUUUAAGAAGAAAAGAACAAAACAAAAAAAAUUAUUGUUUUUUUAAAAUGAAUAAGUUCUUAAUUUGUUUAUACUUCGCUUUGGUUGUUGCGAUUUCCAGCAGCACUGCCCGACCAGUAGAUGAGCAAGUUGCCUUUAAAGUACGGGGUGGUGUACGAAAAGUAGAUGUUACUGCUUCUAAUGAUGCUGAAAAAGCUUUGCUACUUUCUCUAUCAAAACUAGCAGCUGGCGAUGGACCAUAUUUAAGAUUGGAGAAAAUUCAUUCAGCUACUACACAAAUAGUUUCUGGCUCUAAAUAUCAAAUCAAUGCUGAUUUCAUUGACAAUGAUGAAAAAUUGAAAAAUUGUGAUGUUACCAUCUGGGCUCAGCCCUGGCAGGAAAAGGGUAUUCAGGUGACUUUUGAAUGUAAAGGUGAAGAAAAAAUUGUAAUAAAACACGAUCCUUAAAAUAUGUUCUAAAUAAAGAUAUUUUUUAUCCUCGAUAAUAAAUUGUGUUCUGAUUGCAAAAUAAUA